UUUCUGAGAAAACUGAAAGCAGUCUGAUAAGUCACAGUCUCUAGCUGGCUUUAUAAAAGUUGUUCCAGCUUUGCAUACUUCCUCAUACAGCUAGAUUCUCUGCGAAGAUGAAGCAGUUCAUUUACUUAGUCUCAUUUGGGACAGCGCUGUUUGUUUUUACAGAUGUUGCUGCAACUGCUGAUAAUAGUAGUGUGGAUAAAAAGGAAGGAAAAGUUACUGAGGCUUGUCCCAUAAAGCUUAAAACCAGUGGGGAAUGUGACGGAGAAGACUGUCCGUAUCAGAUAAACCUGCCUCCAAUGACAAUCCAGUUACCUAAGCAGUUUAGACUGCUGGAGAAGACUCUCAAAGAAGUACAAAACCUUAAAGAAAUAGUAAACAAGUUGAAGAAAUCUUGUCAAGAUUGCAAGCUGCAGGCAGAUGACAACCAAGAAAGAGACCCUAGAGAUGAUAUCCUGGAACCUGGUACAGAAGUUCAAAGAGACAAUGGUAAUAAACAAGAUAACAGGGUAAAUGAAUUGCAAAGCAAAGUUAAUAAACUAUCAACAAGUCUGAAGAAUGCAAAGAAUCAGAUCCAACUGCUGCAAGGUCGCCUGGAAAAGAUAAGUCUCAUAAACAUGAACAAUGUGGAAAAUUAUGUUGAUGGCAAAGUAGCAAAUCUCACUUAUGUUGUGAACACUUUGGAUAACAAAUGUUCUUCUAAAUGUCCGGCCACAGAAGCAAGCGCAGCUAUCCAAAUAAUGAAGAGAGACUGUGCUGAUUAUUACAUGGCAGGUAGAAGGAAGAGUGGAAUCUACAGUGUUAUCCCUGAUCCAAAAAACAGCAGCUUUGAAGUUUACUGUGAUAUGGAAUCAAUGGGAGGUGGUUGGACAGUGCUGCAGAGGCGUCAAGAUGGCAGCACUAGCUUCAACAGAACAUGGAAAGACUACAAAAAUGGCUUUGGGAACCUCAGCGGAGAGUUUUGGCUAGGGAAUGAUAAAAUUCAUCUCCUGAGCAAAAGCCAGGACAUGCAGCUGAGAAUUGAGCUUGAAGAUUUCAAUGGUAUCAGAGAGUAUGCUAAAUAUGAACAGUUCUAUGUAGCCAACGAAUAUCUCAACUACCGUCUAAGUGUUACUAGCUACAGUGGCACAGCUGGAGAUGCCCUGCACUACAACAAACAUUAUAACCAUGAUCAAAAAUUCUUUACUACGCCAGACAAAGACAAUGAUAAGUAUCCAUCUGGAAACUGUGGUGCAUACUACAGCUCUGGCUGGUGGUUUGAUGCAUGUUUUUCAGCCAACCUAAAUGGCAAGUACUAUCACAAAAAGUACAAAGGUGUUCGCAAUGGGAUUUUUUGGGGUACUUGGCAUGAUGUUUCUGAUAAUAUUCCAGAUGGGUACAGGCAAGCUUUUAAAAAGGUAAAAAUGAUGAUCAGACCCAAUCAUUUUGUGCCAUAAACCAUUACCCAUCCCUGUAACCAGUUUGUAAUGGGUCAUACUAAAAGAUAAUUCUUACUCAGUAUUGUACUCAUGGGUCAAGUAUUCAUUCAUAUUCCAGCAUAAAAUGAUAUUUUCAAGACGAAACAAAGUGUUCCCACAUAAUAGUUGUAGAUAUCCCACACACACUUCUUAAAAAGUGAACUUCACUGCUUCAGAAUAGGUGUUGCUAAAAUUUCUGAAUUUGAAGACUGUGAUUUAGAUAUUUUAAUUCAGUGAUGUUUAUACUGCAGAGCAAAACAGCACUUUUUAGUAGAUUAGUUUUAUUUUUCCUAUUUUUUAGUCUAGAGAGUCUAGAAAUUUUAAACACUCUUCUAGAAACUCUGCCAUUCAUAUUUUUACCCAAAAUAUCUCAUCAACAUGCUUGAUUUCAUAAAGCUGAUAAAAACUUUUAGGUUUAACUUGAGAGGUCUUGAUAUCAGCUGCAUCUUCAUAAACAUUAUUAAUAUAUCAUGAUAACACCACCUUCAUCUACAAAAAUAGCUUCUUCAUUUUAAAGGGACUGAGGUACAGAGGCACCACACGAUUUACUCAAGCAUACAAAAGAAGAUUUGAGAUAGAGACAGGAAUUGAAGACUGAUACCCCUGAAUCCUAAUCCGCUACCUUAACCAAAAAAAUAUCCUAUGUAGGAUCCACUACCUUAACUAAAAAUAUUGUCGUAGGACAACAGAGUUAAAUAAAACCACAUGAAUUCAUUUAUGGAGUACAAGUGAAUCAGAUUGUGUUCCCUUUCAUCUCUCUGCUCUGAGCCCAUCUUUGCUGGAAAAGCUAAUGGCUGCAACGCUUGGUAGGGAACUGUGUUGGCAGGGCUGGAGUAUGGAGCACCAAAAAAGAGUCUAAGCCCUUCUGCUGCCACCUCCAGAUCUAUGAAGAUGGAGUUUUCUUUCUCCAAAGCCCAAUUCAAAUGAGCUUCCAAGCCAACGUCUCUUUCCUUUCCAUCCUAUAUACGAGGUAAACUUUACAAGGUGAUUCUUUUAAAACUUUUUUUUAAUUGUCACUUUGGCAAGUUGAUAUUUUCCUUUUAAAAUCAAAGGAAAAAUAUCCACUUUUACACAGUGAAUAAAAGGGAAGAAAACUAAGAGCCUUUUGGUUCUAGAAUGUGAAAAAUAAAAGGUAAAUCAAAUGUUUAAUAUUUCCUGAAUGAUAAACUAGAGAUUUGUAUUUUUGCCAGGUCAUACUGAACACUGUAUAUAGGUAAUAUAAAUAUGAUUAGAAAAGACCUUGUUUGAAUUAGAAAGGAUUUGCUACAAUAUCUACACCAAUGAAUCCUCUGAGUGGAGAUGCACUUUAAACAUUCAUAAGUUUUUUAGCUGUUAUAGCUUAUGCCAGUUCCAGAAACAAAACAAAUUAAACCAGCAAAAGUAUUUCCUUGUCAGUAAAACUGCAUCUACACAAUGGCUCUUGCCAGCAUAGCUACUGUAUUUACAUAAUUAGAAGACAAGGUUUAUUCCUACAUUUAACAUGGGGAAAAAACUCCUGGCCUUACAAACAAGUAUGAGGCAGGGGUGGGGAAGGGUGGGGCAGACAGCUGCUGCAACUCUGGCAUCUUGCUGCCUCUAAGACCCCACCACUCCUCCCCUACAGCCUCAAGCCUCUGCUGCCCCCAGUCUGUCCCCCACCCCUUCCCCGCUUUCUCCCCUCUCCAGACUCCCUCUUGCCUUUGUUCCAGCCCGGCCCACAGCCUCUGUUCUUGCUGAAGCCUGGACUACAGAGAACAGAACAUGUCCUCCAGCCUGGCCCUGUAGCAGCAGUGCUGGCUCCACAUCUUUGUUAUGGGGCCUGGCUGGAGCCAUGCUCAGCGCCCCAGGCUGCAGCGGACAUGAAGCCCGCUGGCCUGGAGCAAACGGGGCAGGGGCGGAGGGGCAGGAAGGGGGUAGAGACAUAGGGAGAGAGACAGGAAGAAGGAGGGGUGGGGACCCAAGGCUGCAGGUGGCAGAGGUGGCAUGGAGGGAGAAGGGGGGUGGGGAAGGGUGAUUGGGGGCAUGAGGCUGCAGGGGAUAGGCUAUCUGCCUGCCUGCCUCUUUGCCUGCCCCACUGUCUCCACACUGCCUACCCCCUGCACCUGUUUUCCUGCUUCCCGUUCCCCACUACUCCCUCCACUGCCUGCCCCUUUACUGCCUGACAUACCACCUGCCCCCCUCACCACCUCUCUCCCCCACCACCUGCAAUAGUGCGGGGGGAAGAAUUUAAAAUGAUUUUCCAAUAAUUAGAUUCCACGUAUGGAACAUUAUAAUAAAUAUAUACAUUUUCUGUGUAUAGAAUCUAAUUAUUGGGGGGGGUCAUCAACGUCAGGAUCAUCUUGUGUUCGGGUAAAUAUGGUAUGUUAGUUAGGGGAGUUAUUUUUUCCACAUUCCUAACAAAUUUACCUAUGUCAGCAAAAUUUUUAAGUGUAGGUUAGGCCUUCUGUUUACAAACAUGGUUUUUACUGUUUUUAAAAUGUCAGAUUGAACCAUAUGACCAUAUUAUAAAAUUAGUAAUAUAUUUUUAAAGGAAGUAUAAAUACUUUGAAGGAUAUUUCUAUGUGAUGUGUCAUUUGGUUUAUUAUGUUUUCAGUUUAACAUACUAAUGGAAGAUUAUAAUACUGUGAGAUGUGUACUCUUUGUUUGAAAACAUGUUUUGAAGUUACACAGUAUUUAUUUCAGGAUAGAAAAAGAAUUGUUUAAGCAAAAUAUAACUCACGAUAUGUCAGUUUACAGAGUGAUGUUUUGAAUUGUACUUUAUCACAUUUAAUCAUUUAGUUUGAAGUGGGCUGUUUCUAUUCAUUACCAAGUAUUAACAGCAAUGAUAAUUCCUAUAAGCUAUUAUUUGAAAACUUAUUUCUCAACUAAUUUCUUACAAGAGAACCUGCCCCUGCUUCUUCUACAGGAAACUUUUCAAAUCACAGAAAUUUUAAUCAAAUAAAGAAAUGUAUGUACGUUUAUUUACAGGCUCCUUGACAGACUUCUUAUAAGAGAGGGAAAAACAAUCAUGUUGACAUUCUGAAAGCUGAAUGCCUAUCUCCAUUGGUUUUAGUGGAAUUACUCUUGAUUUUCCUUGGUGUGAAUAAAGGUUAAGUCAUGCCGUUAUAUCCAUGCUAUUAGGAUAAUUCUCGAAGCUUUCCUGAUCUGAACCCUCAAAAUUAUUACCACAUAAAUGUCUUCUUUAAGUUUCUGUAACAGUUUGAUCAUUACUGAACAAUAAGGUAACAUCAGGUACAAAACUGUUGCUAAUAUGACAAAUGGGCUAUGGUAUCUUACACUGUUAGCAAUAAGUAUAUUUAUCUACAGUUCAACCCGUGAUAUUUCAAGUCAUCAUACAGCAGAAUCAAUGUGAGGUUACUUUUCUUCUGCAUCAGAACUGGGUCCACCAUCUGCAGUUAACAGGGACUGCAUCUCAGUAAAAAGAUAAGGCAGCUGUGAACUGAUCUGUUUUAUAAAUGAUGUAUGACCUUUGGUUUUCUAUACAAGUAUCAAUAUAUGGCCCUUGACUAAGCACAGUUUAUAAUCCCUGGUUUUAAAAAAAAUUAAAAAAUACUGUCUCCAAAUCUAGGUACUCUCUUUCUGUGUAUUGGCUUAAUACUGUAAAGUAUGUCUUUCAAUUUAUAGAAAUAUAUAUGUAAUAAAUAAGUAUUAUCUAA